UAAACCUCCCGCAAAAGGGUAAAAGAUUUGCCGCGAAAAACUACGAAUUGGCGCCAACGCUUUGUGCUAUCUCCGAAUCCUCGGCCGCAACUGUUCACUGACAAUCUGCGAUUGAUUAUGCUCUGAAAUUGUUCUAUGGCCAGCUUAUCCGGAUUUCGCCCUCCGCAAUUCUCCGAGAGUGAUGCGUGGCUCCCUGUGUGGCUUCAGAAAUGUGGUUUUGGAGAAUUGAAUGUGGAGGGCAUCGGGAAAGAUUGUGUGACAUUCGAGCAGCGUGUUGAGGAACUAAAAUUUCUUCAAGAGAGCAUGGACAGUGGAUCAUUAAUGAGGGAAGAAGGUGGAUGCACUAUUGGCCAAUUAUUUAUAUCGGGGACUGACAGUUUACCCUUGAGUUUUCCGCACUCUGCUGAUAAUGUGGUUCAGCUUCAUCUCCGCCUAUCAUCUGAUGGAAAUUCAGAUAACACAACUCUAACUGCCGGUGAUGUAAACCAGACGGAGUCCAGUUGUCCUCAUGAAAUCAAUGUUCUUCAAAGUUCCUCAGAUUUAGCUCAGAAAGACAAACAUUUUCAGGAUUCUGGAAUAGUAGAUUGCUCUCCAGCAGUGAUAUUGCAAAAAUCUGUAACAGAGAAUGAAUUCUUGGGACAGGACAAGAGUGUGAAUGUUUGUGAAGAUGCCAGCGAUGCAGUGGAGUUAUGUGUAGCAGCAUCUGAAGCAUUGGAAAUUAACAAAGCUGUAGGGAGCGACUCACCUGCAAAAACUUCUGCAUCUGCUAUACUUGAAGCUUCACUUCAGGUGAAACAAGCAAGGUUAGCACUUUCAACGAACACCUGUAUUGGCACGGUUGAUGAAGCAGCUGAAAAAAUCAAUCUAUGUGACAUAGAUGAUAAUUUAUCCGACUUAGAUGAUUUAACUAUGAGAAGUGCAUAUGAAGAUGCUGGGAUUCAUUUUAAUGAGUUUCUGGGAGAUAAAUUAAGUGUAUCUCAAGUUAAGGACACUUUCAGUCCAGAUUAUGAUGAGAGCUUCAAUCAUGAGAUGGCUUCUGCUUCUGCCAAUGGUAGUGGUAAAUUCUGCGAUAAUCGAAAUGUAAAAAUAAUUGAAGGUGGUAUACACAAUGAAAUACAAUCAACGAACCCUUUUGCUGUAGAAUGUUCUGGUGCUGUCAUGAGAAGGAAGUUAAUUGGUAAUCGCCCCUAUGGUUGCUUGAGAAGAGCUGACAAGCAACAUCGUGUAGUUUCAGCAAGGACAACAGUGAAAAGUAAAUUGGAUGAAACAAAUGAGAAAAUUUCCACCCUAAUGAAUAAUCAAGUUGAGGAAAAAUAUAGUAUUAUAAAAAACAUAUCCCAAGACCGGUUCCAAAGCAGGUGGCUUGGUGGUUGGACAAGAAAGUAUGAAGAGAAAGUUUAUAACACUGUGACACAUAGGAUCCCAAAACCAUUUGUGCAAGAGACGAGCUUUUUUUCAGAGUCUGCAGAUGCUGCACCAGAUGAUAACUCAAGUGUGCAGAAUCUUAAUAAAGGCACCAUAAUAGCCUCUCAGUUAAGCAUACCUUCAGAGCACGUGUCUAAUAGAGCGAAGAGUGGGAUGUUGCUUUCUCAAGAUGUUGUAAGAUCUUCAAGUACUAGCUUCGUGGAUCCUCUUUGCUCUGUCGUACCAUGUAGUAUAUCGGAACAUGCAUGCUCAUCACCUGCUCAAAACUAUGAACACAGAGUCUCCCCUGGAUAUUUAAGUCUUGCUGUCGAACAAGAAGAAGGGAAUGUGGUAGAGGCUGGUCCUCUAAACAAAGCAGCUUCUGAAGAGGAUAUAACAGACGUGCCAGUAGUUAAUAAAACCAAGGAAUCAGAAGGAGAAGGGAUUAGGCCAUCUGCUUCCCUUAGAAAUCAUAGUAAAUUAUUGCCUAGGCAUACAAAAAAUUUUAAAAGAGAUGGGCAUCGUAAGAGAUUGUUACCUAUACAUAGCAAUAUUGGGGUAACUUUUGGUGGCACAUGUUGCACUAAUUAUGAGGGGACUGCAAAAGAUUCAUCUGAUGCUUUACAGAAGCUGAAUAGUCCUACUCAAACUCAUGGAAUAAUUCGGAUACAGCGCCUGCUCCCUUCUUUUGACUGCCCUAUGCAUGAUCUUACUGAAGAUAAUGCAAGUCAGACUGCAUUACUGAAAAACAAAGUGAAAUCUCCGACUGGUCAAGACCUGCAAAAUUUGAUACUACAAAGUAAAAGUUAUAAGAGUUCCCCAAAGCAUGUUCACUUUUUGGAAAAGGAAACAAGCAAUCCAAACAACAAAAAGCAUCACAAGGUGCAGACUUUAUCAAAAACAGGUUAUUUUACCAAAGCUGUGAAGAGGUCAACUAGAACUAGUGCACAUCUUGAAUCCAAAGCUCACCAUAUGGACCGAUUUUUAAAAGGUUCCUCAUAUAAUGAGAAGAAAAGAUUGAUAUUUCAAAACAUGGAAUUUUUGCUCACGGGCUUCUCUCAACGAAAGGAGAAGGAAAUUGAAGGUCUUAUUCGAAAAUAUGGUGGCAUAGUUCUAUCUCAUAUCCCACCUAAAAAGGGAAAAAGAAGCUCGAAGUUUAAGCUUCGGUUCCCAAUAGUAUUGUGUUUGAAGAAGACACAAUCGAUGAAGUUCUUGUACGGAUGUGCAGUGAAUGCUUUUGUGCUUAAAGUGAAUUGGCUGAUUGAUUCAAUUGCAGAAGGCUGUGUCUUGCCAAAAAAGAGAUAUAUGAUCUGGUACAGAAACACCAAUGAAAAUGAUGACCAAGUUCAUCGGUCUCUUGUUUUUAACAAUUUGGGUGUUAUGCUUCAUGGAAAAACAAAAUAUGUCAGCAAUAUUGCAACCAUUAUUGAGCAUGGUGGUGGGAUGGUUUUCAAAACUCUGCAAAGAUUGAUCCAAACCCUCGAAGCCGGCAGAGUUUCAAUGGCAGUAGUUGUUGCAGAUCAGGAAAAUUGCUCGUCCCGCCACUUGAAGCAAUGUGCAUUAGAGCAGAAUAUACCAGUCACGUCGAUUCACUGGAUUAUAAAGAGCUUAUAUGCUGGAAAGCUUAUUCCCUUUGAAGAGAAAAAGAGCCCUCAUUAUUCCCCAGCUAUGAAGCUUCGAAUGCACCAAGAUUGCAUGGAAUUAAGUCAAGAAAUAUAACUCUUGUUAGCGAACGGAAAGGUUUUAUGCCGAGAAAUUUAGCACCUGAACUAAUG